AUGGACCCAAUCAUUCACACCGCACGCCUCAAGCUCACGCUUCUCACCACCGCAUCCCGCUCCUCCCAAGAAUUUACCUGCAUUCACCAACUCCGAAGCAACACACAGAGUUCCUGUCUCUACGGUCCUUCCAAGAACUCCGAAGACACCGAAAAAGCAUUACGAAAUAUCCUGCCGGUACCGCAUGUCGAAGGCGAGGAGAAAGUGCAUCGCUUUGCUUACAUUGUCCACGAGCUUGCCGAAGGAAGUGAGGGCAACGAGGAGCAAUUCAUUGGCCUAAUCACUCUCCGCAGCCUCUCUCCCUUCGAAACCAAAUUCCCUCCACGCGACAAACACAGCUCAACUUCCACAUUGCUUUCACUCGAACUCGCUUACAUGUUCCUCCCCAAGUCUUGGGGCCGUGGGUUCGCUACCGAGUCCAUCGCCGCCGUCCUCGAAAACUGUGCGCGUGUAUCAGCAGCUUACUGGACUCGGUAUGAGACGGUGGUUGUCAGGGCGAUUGUGAAUGAUGAAAAUGCAGCGAGCCAGAGGGUAAUGGAGAAGUGUGGCAUGGGGGAGCCGGAGGUUGUGGAGUUUGAGGGUGGGAGGUUUUUCAUUGCAGGGAAGUGGAGGACGAGGCAUCGGUUGUUUGUGUACGGGAAGGAGAUUGUAGUUGAGUCAGGGUAA